UCCGCCCGCCGCGGCGUUGCUGACGUCCAGCCGAGUCGGGGCGGCCGCCGACGGGAGCGGGUCGGGGCCGCGGCGGUGGGAGGCGCAGUCAUGCCCCGGUAUUACGAGGACAAGCCGGAGGGCGGCGCGUGCGCGGGCGUGAAGGAGGACCUGGGCGCGUGUCUGCUGCAGUCGGACUGCGUGCUCCAGGAAGGAAAAUCCCCUCGGCAGUGUCUGAAGGAAGGAAACUGCAAAGCUUUGAAAUACUCAUUUUUUGAGUGUAAAAGAUCAAUGUUGGAUGCCAGAUCAAGAUUCAGGGGAAGAAAAGGAUAUUAAUACUACUAUGUUGAAACCAAGAUGAAAACAACAAAGGAUUUUCUCUGGUCAUUAAAACAGAGAAGCCAAAGUAAGAAACAUACUUUUUGUUACAUCUGUUCCUUUGGAGCAGUUUUUUCCUCCAUGGAACACUGAAGAAAAUGAGUUCUGGUUUUCAGUAUGUAUACAGUAAAUGAUUCUCUUGCUCUGUUAUUUUUGAAGAAAAAUUUAAUUGAAUAGUUAUGAGCUGAGAACAUAAUAAAUGUUUUAAGAAUUGUUCUGAAGCACAGAAAAUGGAAAGAUUGAUAUUUUCAAACUUGACUCCUCAACCAAAUGACAUAGUUUGUACAUCCUUCAUGAAUAUUGUGAAGGCCACUGAUGGGACUGUUAAAAUCAACAUGAAGCGUGGUGAGAUAGAAAAUGUCUACCUGGAAAGUUUAGGAUAGAACUUUCUUUUAUUCAGUCUGUACUGUUUAGUUCUAAAAUAAAUUGUGUUUGAUUCCUUGGAGAAGAAA